AUGGCAAGCAGCAUCGGCUCAGUGCGUGAAGAUCCCUUGAUUCCAAUUGUCAUUGACGGCGGUUCAAGUGGAUGUCGAGUUGGCUUUGCUGGUGAGGAUACACCGAAGACAAUAAAUAUAUUUUCCACCAAUUCCCCAAUCAAACGGAGUCAUAUAAUUGAUUGGGAGUGUCUUGAAGCCCGUUGGUGGGAAGCAUUGGUUCAGACUGGUUACCUUGAGAAUCCCCUUCUAUUUUCGGUGCCUCCAUUGACUGUAAAAUAUGAUCGCGAGAGAAUUAUUCAACAAGCCUUUGAAUCAUUUAACGCUCCUGCAGUUUACUUGGCAAAUCAGGCUGUUCUUUCUCUCUACUCGAUUGGAAAAACUACUGGACUUGUAUUGGAUGUAGGCCAUGAGCUAACACAUAGUGCUCCAGUACUUGAUGGAAAUUGUUUUGAUCCAGCAGUGUUCAAGCUUGAACUAGGAGGAUCGGACUUAACUAAUUAUUUUGAACAACUAAUUGGAAGGUCAUCUGAUUGUGAGUUAUUGAAGGAGAAAGUGUGUGAGGUUUCCUUGGUUUCAUUAAAGUCACACAAAUCUCCAAACGUGAAUUUCAUUCUUCCAGAUGGACAAGAAGUGUCGGUGGGUAUUGAAAGAUUUCAAUGUCCUGAAGCUCUGUUCAAACCCGGACUAAUUCAACGUCCACCAAGUUGUUUGGCUGUUCAUGAAGCGGUUUACCAUUCAAUACAACGCUUAGACCGCGAUACUCGACGCGAUAUGUACUCCAACAUCGUAUUGGCCGGUGGUUCAACAAUGUUCCGAAACUUUGAAGCUCGUCUGAAUAGCGAACUUAAAAUAAUCGAGCAAUCAUCUUCAAAAAUUUCCAUAAGCACGGCUCCUGAAGGUGGUCGACUGUCGUCGUGGCUUGGGGGUUCAAUUCUCGCGUCUCUUUCGACUUUUCAUAAAAUGUGGAUCACAAAACAGGAGUACAACGAAUUUGGACCGAUGACGGACGAAGAUACCGCAGCUCUUGUCAUAGAUAAUGGUUCGGGAAUGUGCAAAGCCGGUUUUGCUGGAGACGAUGCGCCCCGUGCUGUCUUCCCUUCCAUUGUUGGUCGUCCAAGACAUCAAGGUGUAAUGGUUGGUAUGGGUCAAAAAGAUAGCUACGUUGGUGAUGAAGCGCAGUCGAAGAGGGGUAUUUUAACUCUCAAGUACCCUAUUGAGCACGGUAUUGUAACAAACUGGGACGAUAUGGAAAAGAUCUGGCAUCACACCUUCUACAAUGAACUUCGAGUAGCGCCAGAGGAGCAUCCGGUUCUCCUUACCGAGGCUCCGCUCAAUCCGAAGGCUAAUCGCGAAAAGAUGACUCAAAUAAUGUUUGAGACUUUCAACUGUCCAGCUAUGUACGUUGCUAUUCAAGCAGUACUUUCUCUUUACGCUUCUGGAAGAACUACCGGAGUGGUUUUGGAUUCAGGAGAUGGAGUCACUCACACUGUACCCAUUUAUGAAGGCUACGCUCUACCACACGCCAUUUUACGCCUAGAUUUGGCAGGUCGUGACCUCACUGACCACCUUGUUAAGAUAAUGACCGAACGCGGCUACAAUUUUACCACUACAGCUGAACGUGAAAUAGCUCGCGAUAUUAAAGAAAAGCUUUGCUAUGUAGCCCUCGACUUUGAACAAGAAAUGAUGACGUCAACGUCAAGCGCCAUUCUAGAACGUUCUUAUGAACUUCCGGACGGUCAGUUGAUCACUAUUGGUAACGAGAGAUUCCGUUGUCCUGAAGCUCUUUUCCAACCGGGAUUUUUGGGUCUUGAGGCGGCCGGUAUACACGAGACCACAUAUAAUUCAAUAAUGAAGUGCGAUGUCGAUAUUCGAAAGGACCUUUACUCGAAUACGGUGCUCUCUGGUGGUUCGACAAUGUUCCAAGGCAUUGCAGAAAGAAUGCAACGUGAAAUCUCUGCCUUGGCACCAACAACCGUGAAAAUUAGAAUCGCUGCACCACCUGAACGCAAGUACUCUGUUUGGAUUGGAGGGUCAAUUUUAGCUUCACUCUCCACAUUCCAACAAAUGUGGAUUUCUAAGUUGGAGUAUGAGGAAAUUGGACCCAGCAUUGUCCACCGCAAAUGCUUUUAA